CACAUGUUGAUGGGACAGCAGCUGGAAAACACAAAACCACCAGACUCACCAGCACCGUCAGCAGCAUCGUGGCGGUUGGAUUCACCCUUGAUUUAUCUGUUCGGUGGCAUAGGAUUAAUGCUUGUUCUCAUAGCGGUGGCAUUGUUAGUGUUGGCAUGUUCUCAAUGGAGGUUAAGAUCAGACGGUGACCGAGUAACAGGUGGUGGUGAUCAUGUUCAAAAGGUAGCUUUGCAUGUGUGCAACGGUGGUGAUGAAGCCAAUGUGAGCCCCAAGAUUGCUGUUAUUAUGGCCGGAGACCAGCUUCCGACUUACUUAGCUGCACCGGCUCAUGUGAUCUCCAAUAUCCAUAUUUGAUAUUUGAUUUGUAUGUUCUCUAUUGAGUCCUUCCUUCG